AUGGUACGGCAGCACUCAAUUGUUCUCUUAAUCACUUUCUACGGCUAUUUUGUACAGGUAAAGUUUGUCUGCUCAUUUCAAAAUGUUCAACCUGAUCAUUUCUAGGGUCUCUCAAAAAUAUCAAUUGGAUUGAAACCAUAUCAGUAUCAAUAUGUAAGUUUUGGUCAGUAGGCUGCUGAAACGUUGAAUUUUUAGGUAGAACCUAAUCACAAUCAACCUGUGGAGUCAGUUGCUGAAGCUGAAAUUCCAGCUUUCAGAACUUAUAUCAUUCCCAGUGGACCAACAGAUCUAGAAGAAUCGGGACAAGCUUUAAAGUUGUCGAGUAUAGAUAAUACGGUAAAUUUUUCUUGAACAUUUCAAAAAUCUCUACGAAUUUUCUAUAAACUGUCAAAAUACAGCAUACUUCACGGAAUGCUAAAAAAUCUUUCAGGCAUUCAUCACAGCAGAAGAUAUGAAGCCAAUAACGGCAAGAAAGCGGAAAACCAAGCAGAAACCUCGUCGGAAACCAAAGAAAAUGCACCUCCGUCGCGUUUUUAAGACAAGUGAGCGAAAAUUGUGUCACACUUUGGCAAAAUUGCGAAAUACUUGCUCUCAGGGUUGAUAACUACGACGCCGAGGCCAAUAAUGAUAGAAGAGAAUAGAAUUGACGAGGAAGCAACAACAAAAAUGAUAAAUUUAGCGGUGAGCAACGGAAACAACAGUUUCGGGAAAGGAAAUACAUAUUUCAGCCGAUUUACGACGCCGAAUCGGGAAUUUCCUACACGCAAAGUGAGCUGAACAAGAUCUGCUCCGAAACGGUGAACGUCAGCAAAGGAUUCGGCAUCUCCGAUAUCGAGAGUUUCGCCAAAAAUAAUUGUUUCCUUAUUCGUCUCUAUUAUCCAAGUGUUACUUGCUCGCAAAUCAAUCAAUUAGUUGCAUAUUGUACAGAAAGUGGUCUAAUGAACGGUUAGCUCUUCAAUUUUUCGAGUUUUUCCGUUAAAAUCGGUGAAAAACAAAUAAAAAUCGCGAUAUUCGCCGACAGAAAUUGGGCCCGGUUAAAGGCGCACGCAAUUUAUCGGCCGGUAACCGCCAAUCGCUGCGAGACCCGCGGCUAGAGUGUGUCUGUGCUCUCUCAAGGCGAGACUCUACACGUUGGACAUCCCGGGAGGGGGAGGAGGAGGAGGGGGGUCGGCGACCUCGAUUCGGCCACCAAUUGAUUUUCUUCUUUUUGCUUCCGCUUUCCUUCGACGAUCACCAAGCUUGAAUCAUUCUGAAAUUGUUAUUGUUUCUUCUUAACAUCUGUUGUCCGGCUGUGUGUACGCUCUUAUCUUCUCUUGAAAACGGAAAUUAAGUUUAAUAGUGUAUGUCUUAUUUCAGUUGGGUCAAAUGAGCUUCUAUUGGCAACAAGGACUGCCGAAUCAACAGGACACGGGCCAAUCGACACAGCAACAGCAACAAGGGCAAUGGGAUUUUAUAAACCUCGGAGGAGCACCGGCGCCUCAGCAUCAAUGGAACUCGACGGUUCAACAGCAAGUGCAACCACAACAACAGCAACCACAACAACAGCAGCACAAUUAUUACUAUCAGCAACAACCGGUUCAACAACAACAGUUUCCGCAACAACAAGGUCAGCAGCAUAAUGGUGCGUUCUUUGUAACAAUAUUAAGCAUAAACUCAAUUUUCUUUCAGGAUCUGCCCCAUAUUACCAGCUUCAGGAAACCCAACAACAACAGUGGAUUCAACAGGAAAUGGCAUACAAAGAACAACUCCGAAAGGAUGAACUUGCGAAGGUAACAAACGAACACAACGGACAACAUAUGACUCUUGACACAAAAUUCGGUUUAUUUGCUCCAAGGGGUCAUUGGUCAUUAACGUUUGACCGAAAAGUUGAGAAACCUUAGAUGGAACUGAAGUACGCCUUAUUCGGCGACGAAUCCCAUCAAAGUCAUUUCUUACCAGUGAUGUUUCAUGCCCGUGACCUUUUAUACCAACUUUCAAACAAUUGAAACCAGAAAAUGAAGUUUUUCCGGAUAUCCGACAAAGCGACGGGUCGGAUUUGUGAGCAUUUUUGAUUAACCCUAGUCUGGUCCGGCAUGCUUAAAAUAUUCUUGGACUGGAUUUUCAGAUUUUUCAAUAGUAAAUGAUGAUAAAUUUCAGGCGAAACAAACUGUGGUGGAGCACACGCCGCUCCUCCCGCAGCCGCAAAGUCAACAGCUGCAGCAAAACCAAGCAUCUCAAGGAGUUCAGCAACAGUUCACUCCGACGCCUCCAGUCUUGGCUCCGAACUAUCAGAACCAGCAACAACAGCAAAACCAAUACUACCAACAACAGCAGUAUCAAGAGCCAAAAGAGGUUACACCCCCCCUGCAACGUCAACCUGAACUUCAAAGGCAACAGCAGUACCGUCAACACUAUGAAGUCAAAGAAGUAUCACCACCUGUUUCUACUGCGACUCCAGCCGCAUCUACCUACUUCCCUCCACCACCAAUUCCCCAGAUGGGCUCCCUACCGACAUCGAAAGAAGUGACACCGGAGCCAGCGUACGUGGCACCCGCUGCUACUCAUCAUGUUCCUGUGCCAACUCCACCGGUUUUUGCUCCGGCACCGACUGCAGCUUCCACAACUCCGAUUGCUCCAAAGAAGGUAAGCGCAUUCCACUCCUUCCCAUUGACAUGUGACAGCGUGAACUAUCAUCUCUCUCCCUUGUGUUUCAAAGCUUUUGAUCUUAGUUUCUUUGAGCAAUUGAAAAUCCAAACGGCAUGCGUUUUUUUUCCUGUAGUAAUGUAUCUCUGUGCAUGUUUGAUGAUUUCAGGAGAACCCUCUUACUGUCGCCUCCUCACAGGCGGUCGUUCCGGCUCCAGUACCCGAGCAGAAGACAAAAGUGACGCCGACAUCUUCGGAGGACGACUGGGAGAAGGCCGACAUGGAAGUGCAGCGUGUUGUUGACGAGGUAGGGAGAUCGUUGUGAAUGCGUAGUGAACUAAAACGGUGCAUGUCUCUUCUUUCCGCUAUUAGACUGUAAACAACAUAACACUAUGUACUAGUGCUAGAAAAGUUUUCUCACACGUGGUGAACUAUUUAUUGACCUCUUUUUUCCAGAACAAGCGACAGAAGGCAAGCGCUCCAGCCGAGAAGCCAGAAGAAUCACGGGAGUCGUCGUCGCUCGGCGGAUCUUGGUCCCAACAGGACACGGAACCGUCGGAAAGGAGUUCUGCGGAACCAGUUGAGAUUGUGGAAAUGCCGACAAGCAAGGACAACGAAGAGAAGACCCCUAGAGUAUCCAUGUCGGAGGUAUGCAUGGUACCAGUGUUUGGAGGAGUCAAAUUGGAGCCAAUUAGAGUACCAUUUUGCGACCAUGAUUGCCAAAAUUUUUUCAUAGCUGUACGAUACAGUAGUUUCAAAAAAAAUUAUUCGAAAUUGCCGUUAUUGGUGAAUUGAAAAAUAAAGGCAACUCGUCUCAGACCACUCUGGUAAUCCAGUUAAUCUGUGGUCAGCCAGUAGUUUUCUUUUUAAAAGUACAAUUGAAUUCUCAGAAUGUGUGCAUUACAGAUUAAGGUUGUCACAAAGCUGUCAAACAAACUGAAACCUUACACUUUGACUUUAUCAUGUUACAGAACACGGAACCGACUCCAACUCCCGCUCACGUCUCGGAAGAACGUCAGAAGACCCCCGACGUCCGUCAUGACCUUCAAACCUCUUCCUCAAUUCUCAACUCCAGCAGUCCAGGAGAGGCGAUCGCGACGAGCACACCGAAGGAUUUGAAAAUUGAUAAGUAUGACCUAUUUUUUUUUCAUAAUUGGUUUGAAAUUUCAUAUAUUCCUUCAGGAGAUCGUCCAUUUCCUCUCAAGGAACUAUUGACGGCGGGAAGAAGAAGAAAGCAAAGCCGGAGGUUCGACAAGAGGUUCCAGAGGCUGAGGAGCACUCUGGAAACAACAGUGACAGCACGAUGGCAUCGGGUAGACCGGAAUUCGAGCGAGGACACGUCAGAGCUAGUUAUCGGGAGUAUCAGAAAGCGUACAAGGAGAUUUGCGAACGUCUGAAGAUAAUGAGAACCACUUCUCAGAACUCGGACUUCCGUCCAUCGUCCAAACUUGCCAACCCUAUUCUAGCUGCCGCUGGAGCACUGGCUCGUCAUCCAGCCAUUCGUCGAGAGUCAACUGGUGCACGCAACGACGGAAGAGCUUCGGUGCCACUACCACUUCCACACAGCCAGAGCUUCAACGACGCUUCCUAUCAGAAUGGUGGUGGUCGCAGGAGCAGAGUGAGCCGCUUGGAUCCGCACCGUCCGGCUUCCCGUCAAGAGGCUGGAUACCAGCAGGAUCCGCGAAUUUUGUACGCUCAGCAACAACAGCAUCAAAAUUACCGUCAAGGCCGCUACAGUUCGAUGGGAAUAGCGUACCACGGAUACCCACAAAACGGCUAUGAUUCACGACGUCCACAAUCAGCUUACAUGAUGGAGCAGUAUCACGAAGCCUAUGCUCAAGAGCCCGAGGAAACAUCGACUUUGUCGGAGAGCGAGGAGGAUUAUGAGAAUGGAGAGAGUGAAGACGAGCUCAGACAGUACAAUGCCCAGUCUCAAAAUCAUCAACGUCACUAUGGGCAAGUGCAAUACCACCAAGGAGGUCAUGAUAAUGGACAGACAAACUACUACUGUGGAGUUGUUCACGUCAAGAUUGCACUGUGGAACCGAGUCAUUGAGAAGAAUCCAGUUCCGAACGAAUUCUUUAAACUUCGACCAAUCGAGAAGGCCGCUUACAUGUUCUACACGACGGUUUACAAGGCGCCGUACAAGGAUGUGAGCGCGUUCCACAAUCGAUUCAACCGCGAGUUUUACAAAUACACGACGAACAAAAUUUCUGAGGAUGAGGCACUGUUGAUGGUUUGCCAAUCGAUGCAACAACAGUAUCAAAAGUCGCAGAAGAAGAGACAGCAGGAGUAUGAAAGUCAAAAAGCUCAUUUGUUCGGUGAUGAUACCAGUAUUGACGGGUGAGUCAAGCCUGUAGAGGAUGUUUUAGCGUAGAAGUUUAUAAAGUAGUCCGAAAACUCUUCAGUGUUACCAACGUUGCUCAACCGAUUCUCAAUCCGAGCGAACCACCGAAAAGUAUCAUUAUUCGAAGGUUUAAAAGACGCUCAACUCGUUUUUCAAUGAUUCUCUGCGGGGUCUUUGCUUCACCCUUCUGUUUUCUAUUCCUAUGGGCGUUUUGUUACGGCACUUCUUACGGGUCAUUAUGUGAUUGUGAUACUUUCCCUAGAUGUACUUUUCACUUCUGUUUUUCUGUGGUUGGGCUUUUUGGGGUUUGUGCUUCAAACAAAACCUUUCAUGUUUCAGACAAAGCGAGAUUAACAGUGUUUACGAGGAGUCGUUGUUGUCGGUUGAUACCCUGGAUCGUGGACCGCUCAAGUUCACGCAUCCCCACAGUUUCCUGAACAUUUCUACCGGAGGACGAAUUAUCUACAUUCAGCCGGAUCAAUCGAUAUCCGCCAUCGUCUUUGACGACAUUAAAUCCGAGUUGCGAGACAUUGCAACCCAGCAGGUCACGGAUGCUGCGAUGAGCUUCAAGGGACCGUUAAUGCCCCAUCAGACACAGCCACACACUGUCCGAUUGUACAUCUCCAAGCAGAUUGAGAACAUCAAACGGUCACCGGUUGCUCAGGAGAACCCACUGGACAAUGAUGUGGUCGAGUCGUUGUUGGUGUGGCAGUUGUUGGAGACGAUGGUCAAGCAACAAGGAGUGAGUUGGACCACUUUCACAUUUGCAAUUUUGAAAAAUUCGAUCCCUCACUUUAUAAGUGCGUGUGUAAAACCAGAAACCAAUUCUUAUCUUGGCGAAAAGUUAGUAGACGGUUAUAUUUCGUCAAUUUCUGACUUUUUGACGUCGUCAUUGACCCAAGUUAUUGAAAUUAUUGAAUAAUACUGUAGGACGAAAAUUGCCUGCGAUCGGUUUUCGCGCCGGAAUGAAUUGGCCUCACUUUACAAUAAUCAUUUCAGAACAUCACCGGCCCUGACAUUGCCGAACUGCUCGCCAAGGUCUCUAGCCAACCGGUCAGCAUUGAAGCUCCACCACAGCCCUCGAAUAUCACUCCGGCGCUCAAUCAAUUCACUCAAUUCUUGCUCGGUGGACACAAAGAGGAAGCUGUCGAGAGUGCAAUUCGCAAUGGACUCUUUGCCGACGCUCUCAUUCUCACUCGCCGUCUCUUCCCUAACGAUGAGCGUCGGAUCGAGGCGAUUGAGAGCCGUUUCCUGCAGACCAGGUCGUUGAACAAUCCGGUCACCACCCUGGUCUCCGUGGCCAAAGGCGAAACGCCACCGGUGCUGACGAACCCUCCGUUGGAUGAUCAUCUCAGCUGGCGAACGCAUGCCGCUAUCAUUCUGGCAAACCUGGACCAGAGUGGCACCGCCAUGAACACCAUUUACCAGCUGGGACGUGCUCUGGCCAAGCGGGACUACCAUUGUGCUGCCGACUUCUGCUUCCUCGUCUAUUGUGUGUUGGGAGGAAAUAAUCCGUUUGAACCGGUUCAGGCUCCGUGAGUUUUAUUAUUAUUAUUAAAGCAUUCAAGGUUAUCAACUUUCAGAGAAGGCGAGGAGGACUACCGUCGUCACAUCUCUCUCAUCAACUCGGAUGUUCCUGACAAUGUGGCCAACCCGAGGUGCCAGUACGGGUUCUUGAUCACCGACCUCCAUGCCACCGAGAUUUUUGACUACGCGCUCAGCCUCAAGCCGGACCGUCACUCGCCAUUAGGCAGAUCUGUCGAGUUCCAGACGACGCGCAUCAAGUAUGCAAAACUUUUGGCCAACCAUGGAUACAACUCAGAUGCCUUCAGGUACGUCAACUGUUAGUCCAACUUUUCACGUUCGUAUAUUUGUUUACAGAUAUUGUAUGGAAGUGGCUCGCGCCAUCUGGACUCAUCUGGAACUCUUCGAAUCAAACUUCCUUUUGGAAUUGUGCGAUUUGGCCGAGUCGAUUAUGUAUGCGGCUAGUGUACAUCCAGGGGAGACGGAAUGGAUUAGUAGUCUGAGAACCAUUGUUCUUGGAAGAAACGCGCCUCAUCACGAACAGUACCAGGAGCCGCCGCAGACCCCUCAAGUUGAACACAACAGCCUUGAGCAAUUGACCCAGAACUACGGAUAUCAACCGGAUCCAAUUGUCGAAGUGCCUACAGAGCCACUUCAACCCACCCUGGCACCAGAAAUGACUAACGAGCGGGUUCCAACAUCCACACCAAUACCAGUGCCUGCUGCUCAGCCAGUUGUCCGACCUUCUCCCGCGCCGACUCCUAUUCUAUCCCAUCCUCCAGCUCUGGAACAACAUCAACAGUACAACCAUGAGGAAUACGCUCAAAUUCCGCCUACUCCGAGCAACGAGUCUGUACGCCAAGAGCAACACUUGGCGUAUUCUAGUCAACCAGCACAAUAUGAUGAGGAAGGAUUUGCGCCUCUACCGGAUCAUCCGUACAGCGACGAGCCUCUGACCAUGGCAUCAUCACCACCGAUACUGGCGCCUAUUGCGGAGGUGGCGCCACCACAGACCACGCUUCCACCGAUUGUUCCACAACAAACUUCGCAGCAGAUCCAUCAACAACCACCGGUUCAACCAGCCCUGCCUCAAAUGCCACCACAGAUACCUCAGGGGCAGAAUCCAAGAGCUGGAGGCGGACUGAGAGGAGUUAGAGGAGGUGAGUACAGCUGAUCUUUCCGAAUUCAAACCUCAUUUGUACGUAUUCUAUUGCAGGUUCCCGCUACGCUCAAGCCGGAUCGCUGUCUGGUGGACAAGCACCUGCCGGAAUGAUGCCACCCGCCCCACCAACCGCCACUUUUGGGUUCAUGCCGGCGCCUGCGGACGAUGACUCGGAAUACGUGGAUCCGUUCAGCGGACAGGCCAAUCCGACGAUUCAACAGUCGGGUCCGAUUCCAUCUGAUGAAUGA